AUGAAGAUGCUAGACUUUAUGCAAGAUAUGUUGGACGACAUCUAUCCUGGCAGCAGAAAGACCUGGGAUAACAGUACUACACCAGUAACGCAAGAAUCUGGUAGUACUCAGUUAAACGAGCGCUUCCGUCAGGUAAUGCAUAGUACUGGCCUGAAGCGUUUUAAUAACAAGAGAGCAUUUACAGAAGUCUCCCAAUGGACCGGCACAGAGCAAAAGGCAAUCAUACAACAGCUUGUGGCUGUCGUAUCCCCGUUGUUUGUAUCGAAGGCGCCUUUCGCGCUGCAUUUUAUUCGUGCAGUAUGCGACCUAGUUACACUGGCGCAAUACAAGAGUCACGACGAGGAUACCUUGGCCUAUAUUCAAGGAGCACUAGAGAGGAUGAAUGUAUUCAAGGAGGAAUUUCGAGUGUAUCGGCGAACGCUAGGGGAAGAGAAGAACUUCAAUUAUCCUAAGUGGCACGCGUUGACACAUAUCAUACAAGACAUACGCAUGUAUGGAGCUUUGGAUGGUAUAUGCACUGGAGCGAACAGCGAAGCACAUCACAUCACUAUGAGUCGACCGUCCACUACUGUCGACAUCCAAGAUCGCACUUAUUCCACGAGAGUGACACGCCCUCUUCCCUUCCGCAGGCUCGGAUGGUCAAUACCAGGAAUACAGCCUCAUUCGACAAAAUUGCCCCUAAGCGAGGUCGCCGCAAACAUAGCAAUAUCUGACUUUACACAUGCAGCAGCAGUGUUUGUCCGCAACAAACGCCAGGCGGCAGCAGGCCAACUAAUCACUUCUUACGACGAGGACCGUUUGGAUGUCGACCCAUCUUGGGUUGGCCGUAUGAGUGUACAGAUUCACCCUUCCAUAAAGUGCUGGCGGUCCUCUGGCAAGAGACACAACGACCCUGAACACUGCGACGAGGAGGUUGUAAGAUGCGCACCUAACUGGCAACAGACAGGCCUCUGGCGUAGAGACUACGUUUGGGUACAAGAAUUUGAGCAUGGAGACAAUAGACGACAGUCUAGGACGGUGACGGACGGUAGAGUGGUAGCCCAGCUCCACCUAAUACUUACAAUUAUCGACCAUACCCGCUACGACAAAGAUGGAAAACACAUGGCGUAUAUUGGGGCAUUCUCCGAGGUAUUGCUGUUCAAUAACAAUGGACAGAUCGACAACACUACUGGAAUGUUGAGUGUGCGUCGACGGGCCUGGAACGCAGCCCCUAAACGCCGGACAUUGCAAGCUUUUAAGUUUUACGACCUGAGCACGAUUAUCCGCCCAGUGCACUUGGUACCAAGGGACCUGCCUGAUUCAACAACUCGUACUACUAUGUCUUACUACGUCAACAACUAUAUCGACUGGGACGAAUACAACCGCCUGUACUCGCCGACAUUUGACAUCGAUUUACUGCGCACGCUACGAGAGUAUCGACGGAAGCGAACACGAAAUAACUGA